GCGGCAGCGCGUCUGCAGUCACUUCCGGUGAAUGUCGCGUCGUUACCAGAAACGCGACUCGCUGAAUUUACCAGGUCGCCUCCGAUGCUUCCGACUGUCCUCCGCCGCGUCCGGCCCAUCCCGACCGCUCUCGCCUCGAGCCGGCCUCUGGCCCGCUUCACACCUCACAUGGAUCCGGACCGGAGCCGGCCCGUCGAGAGCUCUAUAAGAACCAAACUGACCGACAGACUCGAGCCGGACCACCUGGAGGUCCACAACGAAAGCCACAUGCACGCCGUGCCCGCCGGCUCCGAAUCCCAUUUCCGCGUCCUGGUCGUCAGCUCGCAGUUCGAGGGCCUGCCGUUGAUACGGCGCCACCGUCUGGUGAACGAGGCGUUGAAGGAGGAGUUGAGGAGCAGCGUUCAUGCGCUGGCCAUCCAGGUCAAGACCCCGGCGCAGUGGGCGAGUCGCCCCACCCUGGAGAAGAGUCCGCCCUGCAUGGGGGGCUCGAGGGGAGACCCCACGGCGGAGGAGAAACUGAAGGCCGGCCGGGAGUAAAGGGGAGGGGCCUGUGGAGACGCUGCAGGUGGCUGCAGAUUUCAACACACAAAAUAGGUGUAUAUUGUUAUUCUAUUAUAAUAAAACAAGAAGUGUAAACACAAAAUCAGUUUUUGAAGUCAUAAAUGUGUUGUAAUAGUCCGUAUGACUCCAGGUGUUCACGGGUGGUUACCUUCGCAUUGAAAAUGCGGAAGGUUAUGUUUUGAUCGCCGUGUAUUUGUAUGCGUGCGUGCGUGUUAUUCGCAUAAGUCAAAAAAGUAUUAAACCGAAUCGCAUGACA